UGUUGUACACACUACCUCGGGGUGGGAGCAGAGGGAAGGUGACACAUCACGCCUCCCAGCAUAUAAAUUCAGGAGCCUUGUCGCUGAAGUGCUGCUGGCUCUCAGGCAUGACAGUUUUGUACGUUUCUUCUCCCUGAACGUGCAACCUUUCCCAAGGUCACACUUCGCCAGCAGCUCGGAUUUUUAGUAAAGCACCAUCCCCGCUCAUUUGUCACUUAUACGUUCCAUGUCAACAUGGCAACCCGAUGGGGACUCUGUGGUGCGGGGAAGAUCAGCCAUGACUUCAGCGUGGCCAUGAAGACUCUGCCUCCUGGAGAUCACCAGAUAGCAGUGAUUGCAUCGAGGAGCUUGGAGCGUGCCAAAGAGUUUGCCAAGACGCAUGGUAUUCCUAAGGCUUACGGCAGCUAUGUGGAGCUGGCCAACGACCCAGACAUUGACAUCGUGUACUUGGGAGUGCUGCACACGGAGCACUGGCGAGUCGGUCUGCUUUUCCUCAAGGCCGGGAAGAAUGUGUUGUGUGAGAAACCUUUCGCAAUGAACUCCGGACAGGUGAAAGACCUCGUCGCCGCAGCCAAGAAAAGCAAUGUCUUCCUGAUGGAGGCCAUCUGGUCUCGCUGUUUCCCCGUGCACGCUGAGGUGCGCAGGCUGCUGGCGGAGAAGGCAGUAGGCGAGGUUAAGCUGGUAAAGGCCUACUUCGGCUCGCCUCAGCUCCACAUCCCCCGCUCUGUGGAGAAGGAGCUGGGCGGUGGCGCCCUGCUGGAUAUCGGAGUGUACUGCUUGCAGUUUGUGCUGAUGGUGUUCAACGGAGAGAGGCCAGAGUCCAUCCAGGCCACAGGGGUGCUGCUUGACACAGGAGUGGAUGAGUCAGUGGUUGUGGUGAUGAAGUUCUCCAGGAACAGGAUUGCCUUCUGCGCCUUUUCAAUUGCUGCUCGACUUCCGAACGAUGCUGUCAUCAGCGGAACUGAGGGCUCCAUUAAAGUCCUUGGCCCCAUGCACUGCCCAACCACACUCAUGGUGAAUGACAAGGAGACAAAGUACCCUCUGCCUGAACCCAGCCUCCCUCUGCAUUUCACCAACAGCACUGGGCUUCGUUAUGAGGCAGAAGAAGUGAGGCAGUGCCUGCUUAAAGGACUUAAAGAGAGCCCACGGAUGCCUCUGGCAGAAUCUGUCCUACUGACAGAGAUCAUGGAUGAAAUCAGGAAACAGGUGGGAGUUGCUUUCAGCCAGGACAGCCAGUGACAUCACUCCAAAGCCCGGCUGUUUUCACCUGACCUUAACCUACUCAGAUGGAACAGAGGUAGCUGCUCGAGGCAGGCUUUGGAUAGAAGCAGAUCACUCAUGGCAGCGUGUGACAAAGCCCGAGCAGACGCAGUGUCAAUGAGACAAAUGUGACUUUGAUAAGAUACUGUUGUGAGCUGCCACUGAAUUAAAGAAUAAAAUCUGCAAAUUAUUUGAACAUCAGUGCAUGUAUUACUGUUUGCUAUCGAUUUAUUCGUUUUGUAUCUUAUAGACCCAUUAGAUCUCCAGACUGUCAUUCUACCCCAGAGGCAAUAUGUGAAUACCUUAUAGGUCCUUAUGAUACAGUUAACCACAAACACUGACAGUCAGUUUAAAAAUGUCAUUUAAAAAAAUGUCUUAUACCAGAUAAAUCACAAUGUAAACAGAGCAGCCAUGUCCUGUAAUCAAGUCC